GUGUCAUGGUUACUAUGAAAGACGCUUUGUAAUCCCAGCAGUCAAUGGAGGGGGUGUCGCUCGGUCCAUAUGCACUUCUACACCGAGGGGGGAUACUUGGUGAAAAAAAAGGGAAUCUUUGAAGUUUUGAUGCAAACAAAUGUACACGUGUAGGUUCCCGUCGUUCUAAGGGCACUCGGAUACCUCUUGGAAAGUUGGACCAAACUCCAGAGGAGCUGAAUAGGAUGACAACAGCACCUCGGUGUUGGCACUCAAACCAAACAAACACAAGUGUCGCGGUUCCCACGGGAAACGCACAACACGGAUGAGGAUCAUGGGGCAGCCUGAAGGCGUGCGCCGGCGUCUCGACCUCGAACUUAACCCCCCCCCGGGGGACGUCAGACACUUGGAGGUCGUACGCGGUCGCGCCGGCUACGGCUUCACGGUGACGGGCCAGGGCCCCUGCCUGCUCAGUGCCAUCCUGGAGGGUGGCCCCGGCGCGCAGGUGGGCCUGAAGCAAGGAGACCGCCUCAUGGCCGUCGACGGCGCCGACGUUUCCCACCUCCCCCACGAGACCGUGGUUCAGUUGAUUGGCACCUGCUGCAACGGCCCCCUGCGAUUGGCCGUGCUGGCGGAAGGGCGGAGCCCGGGGACGCCCGCUAUCGACGAGGACGAAUGCGUUAGAAAGGAUCUGUACCGAAAGGCUGGUGUGUUCCGCGGCAUUUCGGAGGACCCGGCCCCUCCGUCGGUGUGUGGCCCCGGCGGGCCGGCUGAGACCAAGCCGCGGCCCGUGUCGGAGCCCGACUUGUCGCGCUGGGCCCAGCGGUUGGACUCUCUGGUGGAGUGGCCCCAGGAGGAGGGCACGGAGGACGGGGACUCGGUCUGCAGCGACCCCGACGAGGCCGGCGCGGACUGGAGCCUCCUGAACAUGACCAUGGUGGUGGGUUACCUGAGCUCCACGGAGCUCCUCCUGAGCCGCGUGGAGUCGGAGGAGUCCUGCCUGGAGGCCAUCCGCCAGUGCAUCCGCCAGCUGGGCACGGAGCAGGACACCCACACGCUGGUGCUGAUGAAGGUCAUGUUCGACUGCGUGCGGCUCUGCGACGACGCCGGGGCGGUGCUGGCGGCGUUCCCCGCCGAGAACCUGCUGCUGGGCGCCGUCUGCGCCGAGGACGGCCGCUUCUUCUGCCUGGUCACCACGGCGCACGUCUCCGACGUCCGGCCCCCCCAGGAGGGCCCCCUCCGGGCGUCCUGCCACGUCUUCUUUGUCGACCCGGAGCUGGGCUGCCACCGGGACCACAUGGCGAUCGCCGGGCGCUUCGGGUUCCGCUGCACCCCGGACCCCGACGCGGCGGGCUGCCUGGAGUUCCCCCCGGCCCCCCAGGAGGUGCUCCACUUUGUGUCGGUGCUGUACGGCGACAUGGGGGAGGCGGUGGAGCGGAUCCGGGUCCGGCUGGACGCGGAGGCCCUGCCGCCGGCCCCGGAGGACGAGGACGUGGACGAGGAGGGCCGGGGCACGGGCAAGGGGGGCAGCGCCAGCAGCACCGGAGACAGCGGCAUCGGGAACGCCUCGCCCCCCGAGGAGCGGACGGAGCGGGACUUCCCCCCAUUGGCCGAGGCGCCGGGUGGGAGCCACGCGGGGGUCCACCUCCCCAGCUGUCCCUGGGAUUACCCGGCGGAUGAAGAGCUCGCCCCGCGGGGCCGGGCCCAGACCACCCCCAGCCUCCACUGUAAUCCCGACAGCCAGCUGGACGAGGGCUUCCCCCUCACCGAGUCCCUGCCCGGGCCGGACGCCCUGAGCGGCUUCUACGGAGGCCCGCCCCCCAGGCUCGAGUUCCAGUUCAAGCCCCCGCCGCCUCCCCUGCCUCCGGGGAAGAAGCAGAACUUUCUCCGGGGACCCCUCAGGAACAGCCAGAGGUGGUUCUCCAGGCAGAAGGGGCCCAAAGGACACGGCGGGGCCCCGGAGCCUAAAAAAACGGUGGCGGCUAACGUCUGGCCCUCCAGCGUUAGCCUUGCCGGCAUUAACGCCAACUUCCUGCCCCCGCCCAUGAGCCACAUCAAUACGGGCGGCUAUGGUCUGGGAAACCCCGGCGCGAUGCUGCCUCCCAAAGAAGACUGGACCAAAAGGUUCCUGGAACAGAGCACGAGACACGCAAAGGAAGGCCACAGCAAAGGCCCCAGGUCGUGGAGCAAGGGGGCCCGUUCGUCCGCCCGCCGCCCGGGACAACGGCUCAGCAUGGCGCGCUCCCUGGACGACCUUGAGUCAGCGGCUUCGUCGGAUGGUGGGCGACGAGAGGCCCUCGGGGAAGGACUCUCCCUGAGGGCGGGCGGAGCCGCCGCCGCCGCCGCCGCGCUCCCCGGGGAGAAACGCAAGCAGAAAAAGAUUAAUAUAGACGAGGCGGAAGAAUUCUUCGAGCUCCUGAGCCGCGCGCAGAGCAGCCGCGCCAACGACCAGCGCGGCCUCCUCAGCAAGGAGGACCUGGUGCUGCCCGACUUCCUGCGGCUGGCCCCUCCCACUUCCUCCGCCUCCUCCACCCCCCGACGCCGCCGCGCCGCCCGCCAGCGGGGCCGGGAGAACGGCCCCCGGGGGCCCUUCGGCUCCAGCCUGCGCUCGGAGAGCCUGGACUCCCCGCUGGGGGGCCCGGGCCUCGGCGCCGGCGCCGGGGGCUCCGACGGACACUCCGGGGGGCCCUCGCGGCGGGGCCCUGCUGCCGCUGCCGCGCCACCCGCCCUUUGCCUGCCGGAGGCCAACUUCACCCCGCCCCCGCCCUGCACCCGCACCCCCCUCGCCACCGCCGCCGCCGCCGCCGCAACACCGACGGCGCCGUCUCUGGGGGCCCCCGAGGGCCAGACGACGGCGUCGGUGACGGUGACCCCCUCAGCCCCCCCGGAGAUGGGGAUGGACAUGGAGGGGGUGCGCCUGGAGGAGGGGGUCCCCCUGAGCCCGUCGGUCCGGGGGGCCGGGGGGGGGGUCUGCCCUGAGCUCAGCCUCAGCUUCCAGGGCUACGUGGAGGAGCUGCGGCAGUGCCAGAGCAAGAUGAGGAACGCCCAGGGGCCCCAGGCCGGGGGCCCCACCGAGGACCCCAAAGGGGACCCCUACAAGGCCACCAUCGUCUGA